AUCGACGUGUCAUAGCGAGGGCGAAGUCGGGUGGUUACCAAUGCAGUUCAGAAGGAGAAACAUGGCGGCGCUCACUGUAGCCCUUCGAAAAACAUCCACUUUUCCGAAGUGUAUACUACGGCCAGUAGUCGCCUGCGCCAGCGAGUCGCACCACCGCCAUGCUGGCACGUACCACCACUCGCUCACGCCAAAGGGGAGGGGCGGACGGUCAUCAUUCAGUGGCACCGUGGCGGCCGUGUUUGGCGCGAGUGGGUUCCUCGGGCAGUAUGUCGUCUGCAGACUAGGUCGCGAGGGGUCACAGGUCAUGAUCCCACAUCGUUGCGAUCACUACUAUCUGAUGCACUACAAGGUCAUGGGCGAUCUGGGCCAAAUCCUCUUCAGGCAAUGCAAUUUGCGAGACCUGGACCUCAUCGCGGACAUCAUGAAGCACUGCAACGUGGUGAUCAACCUGGUGGGCAAGGACUACGAGACGAGGAAUUUUUCCUUUGAGGACACGCACAUCGAAGGUGCUCGUAACUUGGCCCGCAUUGCCAAGAAAAUGGGUGUCAACCGAUUCAUUCACGUGUCAGCACUCAACGCCGACAUGGGGUCACCGUCCAAGUUCCUACGAACAAAGGCUGCAGGCGAGACCGUGGUGAGGGCGGAGUACCCGGAUGCCACCAUCCUCAGACCGGCCCAGAUGUUUGGCAGGGAGGACCGCUACUUCAACCACUUUGCCAAUCAGAGAUUCUUUGGUGGUGUCCCGCUGUUUUUUUCAGCAGGCCACAUUGUCAAGAGGCCGGUUUAUGUGGCUGAUGUCGGACAGGCCGUCAUGGAGGCCAUCCGGAACCCAGAAACGGCCGGCAUGACCUUUGAACUUGUCGGACCCAACGGCUAUCUUCUCCCCGACCUGGUCGAUUUCAUCUACCGGGUGACACGGAGGCCCUACAUCAGGUACCCCGUGCCCAGGUACCUGCUGCGCUUCGUGGCCGGGAUCCUAGAGAAGUCGCCCUUUGAGCCGCUGAUGACGAGAGACAUGCUGGAACUGCAACACACUUCAGAGAAUGUCACUCCUGGCAUGCCAGGCCUGGAGGAUCUGGGCAUCACCCCGACGCUCAUCGAGAUGGCAGCGAUCCGUGGCCUGCGCAGGCACCGCGCCGAUCGGUACUUCGACCUGGGCAUCGACGAGGUCGAGCCGGCACCAACUGUCAAGUAGAUGCGAGGAUAGUUCCCUCCGACUUCCUAAAAUGUACAUUUUAUUAUAUCAAAGAUCUUACAGCUACGCUCGCUGAUUUGUUGACAAGUUUGCAGUUUGUGGCUCCCGUGGAGAUAUGAAUUAUAGCGUAGAUCCUGCAAAAAUGGGUACACUGGUUCUGCUUAGAAAUUCUAGGAAGUUGCACGGGUACAGAACGAAAAAGAAAAGGCCUAGGAUGUUGAGCACUUGUGCUGUCAAGUGUGUAUUGCCCAAGACUAGAGUGAAAAUAAAGGGGAAAUACUUUAAUACUGAGGUAACCUGUUGGGAAUUUGCAGCACCCUAUUUUCAUCUGUGACCUGUCAACACACAAUGAACUGCAAGUCAGAAUUUUCAAAAACUGAGAUAUUGGUAUUUUUUAAUUCAGCAGAAAAAGAGCUUUCCAGUGGUAUGUACAUGGAACACUUGGGGUAGAAAUAUCAGGAGACAAAGUGACAUUAUUCUGGCAGCUUUGCGUCUUUGUUCCCGGCAUUUUUUCACAAUUUCAGACCAGGCACAAAUAAUGC